CAAGCUCCAUUUUUUCUUUUAGCACACCAUCACCAGCAGCCCAACUCAAGAGUAAACCCAAAAUUCAAUCCAAUAUAUCUGAACCCUCACCAAUCACACAUUCAUCAGCUAAUUUAUGAGAACGGACGAUUACGAAAGCACGACGACUUUGAAUUUUUCUCUCAGCCUCUCAUUCUCAUCUCUUUGAGAGCACGAUAUGGUGUCGCAUGCAUCGUCUUUCUUCCAUCAAUACCAUCAGCGGAAACCAAAUCCCAAUUUUUCAAAUCACGAUUUCUUCAGUCUCAAAUUAUACCUCAAUGUCCUCUCUCGCCCCUAUCGUUUGCCACUGCUACGGAGGCUCACAAGUUGUGAAGAAAUCAAGCUUAUUUCUUUCCCCACUUAAAUGCCCCAUGGCAGGCACAUUCUACAGAAGUCCUGCUCCUGGUGAACCACCAUUCAUGAAGGCAAUUAAUAUAAAUUUGAUGAUGGAAAAAGAAAAAAAUGAAGGUCGUGAGAUAUUGUCGUUGUGCCAGGAUUUACUGGACCUAAUAAAAUAAAUCUAAUGCAAUGUGGUUGAAUAUUUUAUAUUUCCAGCAGUAACCUUAUUUUGUCAAUUUUUUUUCUCGUUCCUUUAUUUGAACUUGGAACACGUUUUGAUUAUGAACUACAUUGUUUGUGAUGUUGCAUUUGUGA